AUCAUGAAUGUGCUUAACAUCAUACAAAUUUUGUUAAACGUAUUGCGACUUAUAUUGCAAAUUCUUUACUAUAUCUGCCAGAGCGUGUACUACAACUUUUUCGGAUUAGAAGAAAAGAAUGUGAAUGGUGAGAUUGUUUUGAUCACAGGUGCAGGUCAUGGUAUAGGAAAGGAGUUGGCGAUUCAAUACGCGUGCUUAGGUGCGAAAGUCGUGUGCUUAGACAUAAACAAGCAAACUAAUGAGCAAACAGUAAAGGAGAUUAAAGAAAUUGACAAAGAUGCAUAUGCAUAUGAAUGUGACGUAACUAAAAGAGAAGAUGUUUUUGCAGUAGCCAAAAGAGUAAAGAAAGAAGUCGGUGAUGUUACAAUUUUAGUUAACAAUGCCGGAAUAAUGCCAUGCCAUGCUUUUUCAGAUCAUACGGUCGAUGAAAUCGAACAAAUAUUCAAUGUUAAUGUGUUAGCACACUUUUGGAUGUUGCAAGCAUACUUGCCAAGUAUGAUGAAACAAAAUUAUGGUCACAUCGUUGCGUUGUCAUCGAUAGCAGGCAUUGUAGGAUUUCCUAACUUAGUUCCUUAUUCCGCUACAAAAUAUGCAAUUCAAGGAAUGAUGGAGGCGCUUGAAGACGAAUUACAUGUAUCUAAUAAGGGAAAGUCUUUAAUCAAAUUCACUACUAUCUGUCCUUAUAUGGUAGAUACGGGACUUUGCAAAAAGCCAAAAAUAAAUAGAAUGUUGGAAAUAUUUUUACAACUAAACUCACCGAAGGAUACAGCUGCACAAAUAAUCAAAGCUCAACGACAAAAUAUAAGAACAAGAUCUGUACCAUCAUUUUGGUUUCCACUAAUAAAUUUUAUUAGGAUUUUACCCGAAAAUGCACACGUUGUUAUAAAAGAUUUCAUUGAUACUGGCGUCGAACCAAGCUAAUAAUAAGUACAUAGAAGAAUCUUGUAGUC